ACUGGCGAGCAGGUCACAGCUUAGCGAUUCGUUGGUCGCGCAAGUACUGCACUUUCUCCUGGGUUGCAUUGGACACAGUCUCAUGUACGUAGCGCUAGUGUCUACAGCUUCUUAUGAAAUAUGAACUGUUUUCAUUGUAUGCUCGUGUAUUUCAUAACUAAACAAUAGGAAUCCUGAACACAUUGUUUUAAAGGAAUUAAAUUGUAAUAUCUUCAUUCAACUAAAUUGCAUCAGCAAAAAAAAAAAAAAAAAACUCGUUUACAUGAUUUAUAUCUAGAUUUGGACAUCUUUAUGUUACAUGGGAAAACAGAUGCACAGACGAAAGUAGAGAUAAUUCAACUUAUUGACUUGAGUCUAGAUUCUUUAAGGCUGGAUGAGAGUAAACAUUCAUUAGCAGUUUUGUUAUGAUUCGAUUGAAUGACGGAAGAAAAACUAAUUAAGGAUCCAAGCUCUGUGCACAUAAUGGAUUUCUUUGAAUUUUAAAUAGACAUCUGGAGAAAGACAAUUAUAGACCCUAAAGCCAUGACGUCAUUGUGCCUCCUGGCGCUUGUCAUCCUCUUUCAUGCUCAGUGUAUCCAUGGAAAGGCUUAUAUCGAAAUAAAAUUCAAACGGUACACGAGUACCUGCAGAGAAGAUGCGAACACAAAUAACUGUGAUCCAAUGUUUACAUUUUGUUUGGACAAGCCAAAAUCUGCAGCUAGUAUUACUUCCUGUUUUUACGGAUCUGUGGGAGAAAGUGGCUAUUAUCAAAAUACUUUAAAUAUAGAUUUUGGUAGCGACAUCAAGGGAAUCGGAAAUCCAUGGAUUGUAGCAACAAACAGUUUGGAAUCCUCCAUCAUGUUGGUAAUUAGAAUCAGAGACGAUGAUGUUUUCGGAGAUGACCAUUUGGCUACUUGGGCUACUAUUCUCACUGAACCAAUCUACCCAUCUAAAGCUGUUGCCGUCUGGAGUUCUAAAGAAACGAAUUCUGGUGACUAUAGAUUCACAUUUGAUAUUCGCAUCUACUGUGAUGCAGACAGUUAUUCAUCAACUUGUUCAGUGACCUGCGUGGCUCAAAACACGACCACAGGUCACUACACUUGCGCCCCGAGUACAGGAAAAAAGAUCUGCAUGAAGGGUUGGAAUGGUCCAAAUUGUGAGCAGGACAUUAAUGAAUGCACCAGUGGUGUGUGUCAAAAUAAUGGAACAUGUGUCAACUUAAAUGGAGAUUAUACUUGCCAAUGCCCUGCUGCUUACUCUGGUAAAAACUGCACAAUUUUUAAGACAGCAUGUGAUUCCAGUCCAUGCUUAAAUAAUGGAACCUGUAGGUCAACAUCUCUUGCAUCAUACAAUUGUACCUGUAGUCUUUUCUUUAAGGGAACUAACUGUGAAAAUAGACAGGAUCCUUGCUCAGUUUUCCCAUGCCAAAAUGGGGGUCUGUGUUCUAGCAGUCAAAAUUUCAGCAAGUACUGGUGUAACUGCACUUAUCCUUACAAUGGUAGCCACUGUGAAGUUUUUGUUGGAAAAUCCAACGAAAGCACAACUUUGAAGACUCCUGUAUUUACUAAUGGGACAGUCAAAUGGAGCAGUGGGACAAAUGAAAGCAACUUGACUUUUGCUCCAUUGCAUCCUAAUGCAACAGUGCAAACAACAAUAGCUAAUGCAUUGGUGGAAAAGGAAAACCCAACUCAUGUUGAAAGUAACAGCAGCAGUUUUGCUAGUUGGAUCAUCAUCCUGAUAUGUGUGCUGGCUUUUGUUUUCCUAAUUAUUCUGCUGGUAGUUGUUUUUGUUUGGAGACGUAAGAGAAAACAGGCCAUUAAGUCACUUAAAAAAACUCAAUCCUUCAACAAUUCCAUGUACGUUGAAGUAAGUGCUGCCAACUCCAAUGUAGGCAAUGGAAAUAUUGUGGCCGUACCAACCACCCCCACAGAUGAUAUACAAUUUAACCCUCUCAAGCCUUCAUGCUCCCAAGUGUUCACUGUUCUUCCAAAACCUGAAGAACCUGAAGAAGGGCAUUAUGCUGAUAUGGAAGAUGGUUAUGUCAAGCCUCAAGUGAGACCAUCAUUGGUUGAGAGAGCUCAUAGCAAUCAGUACAAAGACUUCCAAUCUCUUCAAUUUCCAACUCUGCCGCCAGGUGAACAUGUUGAAGAGCCACAGUAUGAAGAUCUUGAUGCCAUCAGAGCUAAUGUCAAUAACUUACAGAACAAAGCUUAUCAUGACUCAGCACAUGAAGUAAUUACUAGAGACAAAAAGAGGCCAGCUAAUUACAUAGAUGUGCCAAAUAAUACCACGCUGCCCAGGGACAUAGACAAUGUUUUCUAUUUUCUGGUUCCAGAUAAAUUGGAAGAUGUUAGAAUUCCAGAAUCCAAGCCACCAAGUCCAGUUCAGUUUACAACAGAAGAUGAAGAAAACAAAUUAGGGCGACCUCCACCAAAACCUUUGAAACACGAAAAAAAAGAAAAGUUGGAUUCUGAUGUUGGUAUUACAGGACUACACUACACUGAGGAGCCAAACAUCUUGACACUAAGAAGUGAUCCAUUCUCUGAGCCAAUGGAUACUUAUGAACUUGAAAAUCCUGAUGCUGGCUUGCCUCGAAUCCAUAAUGAAGGUUAUGAUGUGCUCAGCCCUCAAUUUUAUACAGACUCUAACAAAGACUCUCAUAAGGAUGACAUUGAAGCAGUUGUUUAUGGCAACAAUACUAACAUGGAGACUUUGACUUUGGAGAAUCAACUUGGCACAGCCAUACAGACAUCAACAAAGCCAUCACCACCCAUUGCUCCUAAACCUGCAGCAAAAACCAGUAAAGACAAUAACACUGCCUUAUGUUUUCAAAAUUCAAUGUUUGGCUAUGAAAGGGGUAACUCUGACAAUAGUCAAGAUAAUAGUGAUGAUGUACAUUAUCCACCUCUUGCAUUGAUUAACAACAUAAAUGAAUCAAGUGAUGCUAGAAACUCAGCAUCAGAGCCAUAUGAAGGUCUGCCUGAACAUGUGAACUUGAACUGUGAUGUGCCCAAUACUUUGUUUUAUAAACUAGACUUUAAGAAAGAUGAGAUUGAAGAAGUAAUAUAUGACAACCAUACCUCCAUCAAGGUAUCUCCUCAGAGUCUACUGGACACACCUAUGUCAACAUUGACUAGGUCACCACCACCUGUUGCCCCUAAGCCUACAGCACUGACCAGUAAAGACAAUACCAUAGAUUCAUGUGAGUUUCCUCAACAUUCCAAAGAAUUAGAGGCUGAUAAUGACAUUGAAGAUUGUCUACCAUUGACAAUCAAUGAAAGUCUUGAUGAUACAAAGGAUGCAGAAAAUUCAAAGUCAUUCCAAGGAUUGUUUAUACAAAAUCCACAAUUUUCUAGUACAUAAUCUUAAAAUUAAAUUCAUUUUCUGAUAUUCUAAAAAAACAACAGUAUAACGAACUAUAUUAUUCAAUGUCCAAACAACUUAUAAAUUCAUGGGAGAGAAAAUCCUCAUUAAUUCCUUUUGUACAUUUAAUAUUAAAGCAACAAGUUUUACAGUUCAAUGUUUUGUUGUUUGGUAAAGGAGAUAUUUUUCUUUACACAUAUUUACUAACUUACUUGGUCAUUAUCAUGGCUUUAUAAUGUUGUAAUUAACAAAAUAUUUAACUAUAAGUAUUACAAGGUCCUUUUUUUUUUAAACAGUUUUGCAAACUAAAUGUGCAGCAAACAAUACUCUGAAUUAGCUCAAGUACCUGAAAGGUUUUUCAUUAUAAAUUUUUUUUUUUCAUUUGCUAUUAAAGUCAAAGGCAUUACUCAAUGUGCUGCCUAUUUAAAGCUUAAUUGGUCACAGCUCACCUACCUAUAUGUCAUCUUUACAUCUUUUGUCAAUCAAACAAAAACAGCAAGACAUGAGCAAGUACUAGGACCUCCACUUUGGCGCUCAUUAAUCAUAGUUGAAGAUGAACAGAGAGAUCAAGAAAUAGUGUAAAGCAUUUUGGUUUUUAUACUUCUUAGCAUUCAUUGAACUGCAAGUUUUUUGGAAAUUUUUUAAGAUGCCAAAAAUGCCUUUGAAAGUGUUGACCUUCACCCUGUAUACAUCUGAUCACAAAGCUUAAGUUUAAACUAUUUUGAAAGUCUUGACAUUGCCAUAAAGAUGUCUUUGAAUUAGCAAAAGAUAACCUAUGGUUUUUGCUAAAUUGAAUUGCUCAAACAUUUAUAGAUUCUUCUGAUAUACACUACAGAUAAUCUACAGCUAAGAUCUAUACACUGCUUGAAAAAUUUCAAAAAAUUUAAAUACUUUUGAGACAAUAUUUUGUAAGUUGUUUUAUAUCUAUUUUAAUGUGAUAUUUUUUUAGAUGUUUUUUUUUUUAAUUUGUGUAUAAUUUUUUAUGAAAUAUUUCAUGUUUUUAGUGUCAACCUUGCAGCCAGUAUUUAUUCAAGUACAUGUUACCUUUAAAUUUCUGAAUUUUUGUCCUAUUUACAAUUUCUAUACAUCUAUUUUGAAAUAUUAAAGAUUUAUCAGUUUCAUUUAGACCAUGAUUUCUUCUUGGGUAAUUUGCUCAUAAAAUGUUAUAGAACUGCUCUGAUGAUUUUGAGCUGUUGGUAAAAUUAAUCAACAAAAAAAAAUGCAACAAAUAUUGUAAAUGUGUUUUUUGAUAUUACAAUGUUGUUGUUUUUUACUUUAUUAAAAUACAAAUUAAAGUGUUUUUUUUUUUUUAAAUUGCUUGUAGAUGUUCUUCAUUAGCACUAUUGCUUAAGAGAUGACAUUUAGCUACUUUUAUCACACAGAAUGUUUUCUCACUUAUAUCUCCAAGAGCUAACAAAAUGUAAAAUUGUAUUCCAUGUGACAUUUAUUUGCAAAAGUUUAAAGGAUUUGGAAAUUGCUUCCUGAUCAACAGGUUUCAUCAAGUAGUUUUUUAUCACGAUGAUUAUGAAA